CGCUCUUCCAAGAUGGCGGCGCGUCGGUUGCGAGCAGCCGGGCCGGGGGGAAGCCAGCGAAGCCGAGUAAAGCCGCCGCCUGGGAGAGGAUUGAAGGAGCAGUUGCCGCCGUUGGCGGCGGCCCGAGCAGUUUUCGCUACUGCUACGGCUGUUGCCAUGCGGCGAGGCUAGGGAGGACCUCACUUCCCCGGGGUGUAAUAAUGUUAACAGAGGCCAGUCUAUCCAUAUGGGGAUGGGGAAGCCUUGGCGUUGUCCUUUUUCUAGUAACCUUUGGACCCUUUGUAAUAUUUUAUUUGGCCUUUUAUAUCCUCUGCUUUGUGGGUGGGGGUUUAGUGGUUACCCUUCUGUUUGGAAAAACAAACUCAGAAAAGUACCUAGAGCAGUGUGAACACUCAUUUCUUCCUCCAACAUCAACUGGGGUUCCUAAGUGCUUAGAAGAAAUGAAACGGGAAGCCAGGACUAUUAAGAUUGAUAGAAGAUUGACGGGUGCCAAUAUAAUUGAUGAACCUCUCCAGCAAGUUAUCCAGUUUUCCUUGAGGGAUUAUGUCCAGUAUUGGUAUUACACACUAAGUGAUGAUGAGUCUUUUCUUCUUGAAAUUAGGCAGACUCUUCAGAAUGCUCUCAUUCAGUUUGCUACUAGGUCAAAAGAAAUAGACUGGCAACCUUAUUUUACUACACGCAUUGUAGAUGAUUUUGGCACACACCUACGAGUAUUCAGAAAGGCUCAACAGAGAAUAACAGAGAAAGACGAUCAAGUAAAAGGCACAGCAGAAGAUCUUAUAGAUACCUUCUUCGAAGUUGAAGUUGAAAUGGAGAAGGAAGUUUGCCGUGACCUAGUGUGCACUUCUCCCAAAGAUGAAGAAGGAUUCCUAAGAGAUUUGUGUGAGGUCUUAUUAUAUUUAUUGCUACCUCCUGGAGAUUUCCAGAACAAGAUCAUGCGAUACUUUGUCAGGGAAAUCCUUGCACGAGGAAUUCUUCUUCCAUUAAUAAAUCAACUCAGUGAUCCUGAUUAUAUUAAUCAGUAUGUCAUAUGGAUGAUCCGUGAUUCUAAUUGCAACUAUGAGGCCUUUAUGAACAUUAUUAAAUUGAGUGACAAUAUUGGAGAAUUGGAAGCAGUUAGAGAUAAGGCAGCAGAAGAAUUACAGUAUCUUAGAUCUUUAGAUACAGCUGGUGAUGAUAUCAAUACCAUCAAAAAUCAAAUAAAUAGCUUAUUAUUUGUAAAGAAAGUAUGUGACUCAAGAAUACAGCGGUUGCAGUCAGGCAAAGAAAUAAAUACUGUGAAACUGGCAGCAAACUUUGGGAAACUUUGCACAGUCCCUCUGGACAGCAUUCUUGUAGACAAUGUUGCACUACAGUUUUUUAUGGAUUACAUGCAGCAAACUGGAGGUCAAGCACAUCUUUUCUUCUGGAUGACAGUGGAGGGCUACCGGGUUACAGCCCAACAACAGCUAGAGGUUUUAUUAAGUCGUCAAAGAGAUGGAAAACAUCAAACGAACCAAACCAAAGGUCUUUUAAGAGCAGCUGCUGUUGGAAUUUAUGAACAAUAUUUGUCUGAAAAGGCAUCUCCAAGAGUUACUGUGGAUGACUAUUUAGUAGCAAAAUUGGCAGACACUUUGAAUCAUGAAGAUCCAACCCCUGAAAUCUUUGAUGACAUUCAAAGAAAGGUAUAUGAGUUGAUGCUACGAGAUGAAAGAUUUUAUCCUUCCUUCAGACAAAAUGCACUUUAUGUGCGCAUGUUAGCUGAGCUGGACAUGUUAAAAGAUCCUAGUUUCAGAGGAUCAGAUGAUGGGGAUGGAGAAUCUUUUAAUGGGUCUCCUACAGGAAGCAUAAAUUUGUCUUUAGAUGACCUUUCAAGUGUAUCUUCUGAUGACUCAGUACAACUUCAUGCUUACAUUUCAGACACUGUAUAUGCUGACUAUGACCCAUAUGCUGUGGCAGGCGUUUGUAAUGAUCAUGGCAAGACAUACGCAUUAUAUGCCAUCACCGUACACCGGCGCAAUCUAAACAGUGAGGAAAUGUGGAAAACCUAUCGUCGGUAUAGUGACUUCCAUGACUUCCACAUGAGAAUUACUGAACAGUUUGAAAAUUUGUCAAGCAUAUUGAAGCUUCCUGGUAAAAAGACUUUUAAUAAUAUGGAUAGAGAUUUUUUAGAAAAGAGAAAAAAGGAUCUAAAUGCCUAUUUGCAGUUACUGUUAACUCCUGAAAUGAUGAAAGCAUCUCCAGCUUUGGCUCACUGUGUGUAUGAUUUCCUUGAGAACAAAGCCUACAGUAAAGGAAAAGGGGACUUUGCUCGUAAGAUGGACACUUUUGUAAAUCCACUUCGAAAUUCUAUGAGGAAUGUUUCAAAUGCAGUUAAAUCCCUUCCUGAUAGUUUGGCAGAAGGAAUGACUAAAAUGUCAGACAACAUGGGCAAAAUGUCAGAAAGAUUAGGUCAAGACAUAAAGCAGUCAUUUUUCAAGGUGCCUCCUUUAAUUACAAAGACUGAUUCAGAUCCUGAACAUUGUCGAGUCUCAGCUCAACUUGAUGAUAAUGUGGAUGACAAUAUUCCACUUAGGGUAAUGCUGCUUCUCAUGGAUGAAGUAUUCGACUUAAAAGAGAGAAAUCAGUGGUUGCGAAGAAAUAUCAAAAACUUACUUCAGCAGCUUAUUAGAGCUACAUAUGGUGAUACUAUAAAUAGAAAAAUAGUUGACCAUGUUGAUUGGAUGACCUCACCUGAACAAGUAGCUGACUCAGUGAAACGUUUCAGAGAUGCAUUUUGGCCAAAUGGCAUUUUAGCAGAGUCUGUUCCAUGCAGAGAUAAAGCUAUUCGAAUGAGAACAAGAAUUGCAGGAAAAACUAAAUUAUUUGCAAUUAUGCCAGAUGAACUGAAGCACAUUAUUGGAGCUGAGACAACACGGAAAGGCAUUCUUCGUGUUUUUGAAAUGUUUCAGCACAACCAGCUAAAUAGGAGAAUGGUUUAUGUCUUCUUGGAAGGCUUUUUAGAAACCUUAUUUCCACAGUAUAAAUUCCGUGAACUUUUCAACAAACUGCAUUCACGGUCAAAGCAGAUGCAGAAAUAUAAACAGAAACUUCAAACUACUCAAGCGCCUUCUUUACAAAAAAGGUGACACUCCAGUCUAUGAAGCUGGUGUUCAUUUUGUCCAGAACUAAUGGUAUGGACAGAUCUUCUGGGGCUUAACUCAUAAACUGUUGUGUCUGCACCAGUCUUUUAGUGUCUCAAAAUAGAAUAUUAAUACAUCCAUAAGACUCUGGUUCUUCUCAUUCUCAUCUAUAAUCCAGCCACUACCACGAGAGAUUUCUGUGUCUUAAAUGAUUUGGUGCAUAAUUUGCAACUUUGAGAGGAUACUGCCCUCAUCUCAUGCAAGAAUGACAUUGGUCUCUUCCGUUUCAAACUAAUCAGCAUUCUCCAGCAAUGACAAAGUGCCAGAGUGUAUAUAUGAGAGCUAAGGAAAGCACAAAACAGUGGUUCACAGAUAAACUAAUUUGUUUUAAUAGUUGGAGACUGUGCAAUGUAUGAUUUGGAUAAUGAUUUUGUAGGUCCUUGUCAUCAUUUUAGGUAAGUGUGGACUUGCCAGGUGAAUGAUCUUUAGAAUAUGUGUUUCAGAUAUGGGAAAAGUGACAGAAUGCCCUUACAGAAUGAAAUAACCUUAUUCCCAAAUUACAGUUUUGUAACAUUAAAGAAAACAGUAUAAAAUGAAACCAACUAGAAAUAGAAUUUGGUUGGAUUUUAUCAUUCAUUGGUAUAAAACAAAUUUUAAUUGAUUCAUUUUUGCUUUAAGGGCUUUGUUUUGCUCUAUGGUUCUCAGUUGUUAAGUUUUUUUGGCGUUCUGUGUGGAAAAAGAAGCAUGUGGUAGCUCUCACUUAAGUUUCAAAAUUAUUAGUUUUUAACAGAUUACUGAUUAUACAGAAGGGGAAUAAUUUGUUGGAGGAACUGCCAAAUACAUUCUGUCCUUCUAAAAAUUUGGAAAUUAAAAGAAAACAGUACUCUAUUGAAAGUUACCAUAUGAUAAUUUUAAAAUUGCGUGAUCUAGACAUGCCUUAGGCAACUACAAAAAUAGCAAAUCAGAAGAUUAAUGAGUGUAUUAGACAUAUGUAAACAUACAAAUUCCUAAUUCUAUUAUGUGUAUAUAUGAAAAUAAAUAAUGAAAACAGAACUCUACUAUUUUUUAAAAUAUGCUUUUAUUUAUAUUUCGCAUAAUGUAAACUUCUAAAUAAAGCUAGUAGGCAAAACCCCUUGGUGUAUACAUUGAAGUCCCUAAAAUAAUUUUAUACCAACAAAUACUUUUUUCAGUUUUGAAGCCUCUACUUUUCCUAGCUUCCUCACUCUGUUUUGUCCAUCUCUAAAGUCUUCAUAUCCCCUGUGUGCAGGAUUUCUGCAUAAUUUUAAAUACUUCAUUGACUAAAGGUUUGGAUGUGUCAGCUUUUUUUGUUUUAAAAAUCUUUAACACUAAAACCUUAAAAUAGUGAAGCUACUUAUCAGACCACUGAGCCAGGAUUAAAAGAAUGACCGGGUGCUUAAGAUAAAGGGACAGCAUUGGUAUCCCAGUUAUUUGGGAGCUUUAAGAUUGGAACAAGAUAUUAGUGUCUUGUUUUCACUUAGACCCUACUUAUAAAGUGAAGCCUAUUAAUGGGAUAAAUCCUUCCUUUAAAGCUUUAUAAUAAUCAUAUUUAUUAAUGAUGCUGUGUGCGUACUUGCAGUGUACACAUGCUCAGCAUGUGUUGCAUGUCUUCAGAAUUACAUAAAUGAAAUCCCUUUCAUUGCAACUUGCAAGUGUAAAAAGAUGCUCAAUGGCUGUGAUGGAAGAAUUAUUUCUUCUACUUAGUCUGUCUCCCUGUUCCAGCCUCUCCCCUCACCCCAGGCUGUUUAAGUGGGAUAUGUGAAACCCAUCUGUGGAAAGCAUCAGCAUGGCCAUAAGUGCAAUGAUUUUCAUACAUACCCCUGCCCAUUUCAAGUAUAUUUUUGACAUGAAUAAAUUAAGUGUAUACAGAAGAAUUCAUGUAAGAGCCUAGUGUGUACAUGUGGAAAAAAAAAAAGUCUCUAUAUAAUGUGAGGAACACUGACCAUCAACCAGGGAAAGAAAGGUCAUGUAGGAUAGCAAAUUUUCCUAACCGAGCCCUGCAAGUUAACUGCAAUCAUACCAAAAACUAUUUGAGUAAAUGGGUUUUUAAAGUAAAUUUUGUUUAAAAGAGUUUAUAUUUCAAAAGCAGAAAUGUCAAAUGGUAGUCUAUAAACGGUGGUGCAUCUUCUCUAUGCACAUCUGUGUUUUACAUCAGAGAGAGCCGUGGUCAUGCUAAAAUUAGAGAUACUUUUUAAAUGACUUGGUCAAGCUGUGUGUAAAAUAUUUAACUCAUGAGUCAAGUACAGUGUACUAUGUUUAAUAAAGUUGUUACAUUGAAUGCAUUUAUUGCAUAUAUGGAUAUAUACAUGAAAAGGCGUUAUGUCCUCUGAUAUUUGAUUUUUGAAUGUGUUUUUAAGUCAGUGGUGCCUUUAGGCAAUGAACCUUCAAAAUUAAUCACUCUUUGUUUGGGUUUUCUGAUUUUUCAGGUAACAUGUAAACUACUUAGAAACCAUCAUAGUUUAUUCACCUAAAAAUUUGAUUGUAUGAUUUAAACAUAGCACUUAGAUGAGCAUUUCCUAUAAUUAGGGUGUUCUAAAUAGUUGCUGAAAACAAUUGUGCCAUUGACCAAUGGAUGCACUUGGCUAGCCUUAAUUUUUUUUAAAAAAAGAAACAUUAAAAACUUUCCUGAGUAUUUCAGUUUGCUCAUUUUAAGUUUGUGCAGCUGGUGUUUGAAAAAAAAUCAUACAGUUAAGUGCUACCAGAAAGUGUACCAAUUUUUUUAAAAAUUAAGAACAAUAUAAAUUUCACAUCUAAAAUUUUAAUUUUGUGCAAUAUUUUCAUUUUAUGCAUGUGUAUUUGAGUAAUUGUAAAAUAAAUGAAUUUUUAAUGUUUUGAGAUGUAGUUUAAACUGUCUUCUUAAUCCAACAACUUACAUUCCGUUGUUGCUGCAUCCUCUUAUUUAAGGACUUGUUUUAAAAGUCUUUUUGUCACUCCUUGUAAAAUUCUUUUAUAAUUGACAAAUAUUGCUCAUAGGAGCAUGGCUCCUGUAUUACAAGGGAAAAUAUAAAGAGCACAUUUAAGGAUUACAAUUGUUAAAAGAUACCUUGUGCAUAUCAUUGUACAGUAAGUGUCAACUGUGUGCCUAACUGUUCUAUCAAUACUUUCCUUCUUAUCAAAGAAGAAACAAUCAGAAUGUCAGUUAUUUUUAUUACCUAAAGAGAAGAUGAAAAAAUUUAUUUGGUUUGCCUUAUGUUCUGUCCAUUAGGAAAUACUAAUAAAGUAUUAACAAACA